UGUUAAAAUUCGCGCGCGCUUUUGGCCUAUAAACAACGCAGAUUGUGCGAAAUUUGCAAAGUGCAUAAAAUAAAUAAACAAAUUGAAAUUACGAGAAGAAAAUGCAAAUUCCCCAUUGUUGAUAGAGUGAAAACAUAAAAAUGGCUGAAGCUGGCAAAGCAAAAGUGCUGCAAAACACUGGCAAAUUUGUGAGCGAAACUCGUGCCGAGGGUGACGACUUCUUCAAUGAGGCAGGCUACCGGCAGUCGCGUGAGAACGACAAGAUCGAUUCCAAGUAUGGCUUCGACAGGGUCAAAGACAGCUUGGAGCGCACUGGAUACUUAAUCAACAUGCAUGCCAACGAAGUGCUGGACGAUGACCGUCGGUUAGUUGCCGCCCUCGACUUGUUCUUCAUUCAGAUGGACGGAUCCCGCUUCAAGUGCACCGUGGCCUAUAAACCGUAUCUGCUUAUUCGUCCAGAGGAGAACAUGCACCUGGAGGUGGCGCGUUUUUUGGGCCGCAAGUACUCCGGGCAGCUAGCCAGCCUGGAGCACAUCACCAAGGAGGAUCUGGAUCUAGCUAAUCAUCUUUCGGGAUUGCAGCAGCAUUACCUAAAACUUUCAUUUCUGAAUCAAACAGCUAUGACUAAAGUUAGAAGGGAGCUGAUGGCUGCAGUGCGUCGCAACACGGAGCGUGAGAAGUCCAAUACCUACUACAUGCAGAUGUUGGCCAAUUCUCUGGCUCAGUCUAGUGGAGCAGACGAUGGCAGUGGCAAAAGGCAGCAAGAUUACAUGGACUGCAUCAUGGAUAUAAGGGAACACGAUGUUCCGUACCAUGUGCGCGUCUCCAUCGAUCUGCGCAUCUUCUGUGGCCAGUGGUAUAACAUUCGCUGUCGCAGCGGCACUGAGAUGCCCGUCAUCAGCUGUCGCCAGGACAUCCUCGACAGACCGGAGCCGGUUGUGCUUGCUUUUGAUAUUGAGACUACGAAGUUGCCGCUGAAGUUUCCCGAUGCACAAACCGAUCAGAUCAUGAUGAUCUCGUACAUGAUUGAUGGCCAAGGAUAUCUGAUCACCAAUCGUGAGAUCAUCUCCAGCGAUGUGGCUGACUUUGAGUACACUCCAAAGCCGGAGUUUGAGGGCAACUUCAUCGUGUUCAACGAGGAGAACGAGAUGCAGCUGCUACAGAAGUUCUUCGAUCACAUCAUGGAGGUGCGUCCCCACAUUGUGGUAACCUACAACGGCGACUUCUUCGAUUGGCCUUUUGUGGAGACGCGCGCCGCUGUCUAUGAUCUGGACAUGAAGCAGGAGAUAGGUUUCUCCAAGAUGCGCGACGGAAACUAUCUGAGUCGCCCCUCCAUUCACAUGGAUUGCCUUUGCUGGGUGAAGCGUGAUUCCUAUUUGCCAGUGGGAUCACAGGGCUUGAAAGCGGUGGCCAAGGCGAAGUUACGCUACGAUCCCGUCGAGCUGGAUCCCGAGGACAUGUGUCGCAUGGCUGUCGAGCAGCCGCAGGUGCUGUCCAACUACUCCGUCUCCGAUGCUGUGGCCACUUAUUAUUUGUACAUGAAGUAUGUGCAUCCCUUCAUCUUUGCCUUGAACACCAUUAUUCCCAUGGAGCCAGAUGAGAUUCUGCGCAAAGGAUCUGGCACACUCUGCGAGACGCUGCUCAUGGUGCAAGCUUACCACGCUAACAUUGUCUAUCCCAACAAGCAUAUGAGUGAACUCAACAAGUUGUCCAACGAGGGACACGUGCUGGACUCGGAGACCUAUGUGGGUGGCCAUGUGGAGGCCUUGGAGUCUGGUGUCUUUCGCGCGGACAUUCCGUGUCGCUUUCGCCUGGAUCCCAACAUGGUGCAGCAGCUGAUGGACCACGUGGACGCUGUGCUCAAGCAUGCCAUCGAGGUGGAGGAGGGAAUUCCACUCGAUAAAGUCACCAACUUGAGUGAGGUGAAGCAGGAGAUCAUCCAGGCGCUGCAGGGAUUACACGAUAUUCCAAAUCGCUUGGAACAACCGGUCAUCUAUCACUUGGAUGUGGGCGCCAUGUACCCCAACAUCAUUCUCACCAACCGCCUGCAGCCCUCGGCCAUGGUCACCGAUCUCGACUGCGCUGCCUGCGACUUUAAUAAACCCGGCGUGCGCUGCAAACGCUCCAUGGAUUGGCUGUGGCGUGGCGAGAUGUUGCCCGCUUCGCGCAACGAGUUCCAGCGGAUUCAACAGCAGCUGGAAACGGAGAAGUUUCCUCCGCUGUUUCCAGGUGGCGCCACACGCGCCUUUCACGAGCUGUCAAAGGAGGAUCAGGCAGCAUACGAGAAAAAACGACUUUCGGACUACUGUCGCAAGGCGUACAAGAAGACCAAGAUCACAAAGCUGGAGACACGCAACUCAACCAUCUGCCAGAAGGAGAACAGUUUCUAUGUGGACACCGUGCGCGCCUUUCGCGAUCGUCGUUACGAGUACAAAGGACUCACGAAGACCGCCAAGGCGGCUGUGAAUGCGGCAGUCGCUUCGGGGGAUGCGGCGGAGAUCAAGGCUGCCAAGGGGAGGGAAGUGCUCUACGACUCACUGCAACUGGCGCAUAAGUGUAUCUUGAACUCCUUCUACGGCUAUGUGAUGCGACGUGGCGCUCGCUGGCAUUCCAUGCCCAUGGCGGGCAUCGUUUGCCUCACGGGCUCAAACAUCAUCACGAAGGCACGCGAGAUUAUCGAGAAGGUGGGACGCCCGCUGGAGCUGGACACUGAUGGUAUCUGGUGUAUAUUGCCGGGCUCGUUUCCGCAGGAGUUCACUGUGCACACGACACACGAGAAAAAGAAGAAGAUCAACAUAUCGUAUCCGAAUGCGGUGCUCAACACGAUGGUCAAGGAUCACUUUACCAACGAUCAGUAUCACGAGCUGCGCAAGGAUGCUGAUGGCAACAGCACCUAUGAGGUGCGUGACGAGAACUCCAUCUUCUUCGAGGUGGAUGGCCCCUACUUGGCCAUGGUGCUGCCCGCCGCUAAGGAGGAGGGAAAGAAGCUCAAGAAGCGUUAUGCGGUCUUCAACUUUGAUGGAUCACUGGCUGAGUUAAAGGGCUUCGAGGUGAAGCGACGUGGCGAACUGCAGCUGAUCAAAAACUUCCAAAGUUCAGUCUUUGAAUCCUUCCUUGCGGGCAGCACGUUGGAGGAGUGCUACGCCUCGGUAGCCAAGGUGGCCGACUAUUGGCUGGAUGUGCUCUACAGUCGUGGCUCGAAUCUGCCGGACUCGGAACUCUUCGAGUUGAUUGCCGAGAACAAGUCCAUGUCCAAGAAACUGGAGGAAUAUGGUGCACAGAAAAGCACUUCGAUUUCUACAGCUAAGCGGCUGGCCGAGUUUCUGGGCGAGCAGAUGGUCAAGGAUGCGGGUCUCGCCUGCAAGUACAUUAUCUCUAAGAAACCCGAGGGCGCCCCAGUCACAGAGCGGGCUGUGCCGCUGGCCAUCUUCCAGUCGGAGGCGAGUGUGCGUCGCCAUCACUUGCGACGCUGGCUCAAGGACAAUACCAUGGGCGAUGCGGAUAUUCGGGAUGUGCUGGAUUGGAACUAUUAUAUCGAACGCUUGGGCGGCACGAUACAGAAGAUUAUCACAAUUCCUGCGGCGCUGCAAGGUUUGUCGAAUCCUGUGCCGCGGGUGCAACAUCCCGACUGGCUGCACAAGAAGAUGCUGGAGAAGAAUGAUGUGUUGAAGCAGCGACGCAUUAAUGAGAUGUUCACCAGUCGCCCGCGGCCCAAAGCAGCUUUGACGAAUGACGAGGACAAGCAGAUAGAGCUUGGAGAUAUGGAAGAUCUGGCGGGCAAGCAGCAGGAAGAUUCCUCAGGCAGGCCCAUAGUGACUAAGCGCAAGCGAGUGCAGCUGGAGGAUGGCGAGGAGGCAGAAGGAGAUGCACAGCCCAAGACCUGGAGACAGGCUUUGGGAGCGCCUCCUGCUAUAGGAGAGACACGCAAGACCAUUGUGGAGUGGGUGCGUUUCCAGAAGCGCAAGUGGGCGUGGCAGCAGGAGCAGCGCCAACGCUGCAGGCAGCAAAACAAGCGCUCCAGAGGAGGCGAUGAAUCCACCUCGGCAUCAGCAACUCGCGCCACCACAGCCACCGCUACCUUGGGCGGAUUUCUGCGACGGGCACAGCGCAUGCUGCUCGAUCAACCCUGGCAGAUACUUCAACUCGUGCCUGUGAAUGAUCUAGGACACUUUACAGUGUGGGCUUUGAUAGGAGACGAACUGCAUCGCAUCAAGCUAACAGUGCCGCGUAUCUUCUAUGUGAAUCAGCGAAGUGCGGCCCCGCCAGAGGAGGGACAACUGUGGCGCAAGGUAAAUCGCGUGCUGCCCCGAUCGCGUCCCGUCUACAAUCUCUAUCGCUACAGCGUGCCGGAGCAGCUGUUCAGGGACAACUGCCUGGGCAUGCUGGCGGACUUGGCCACGCCGGACAUCGAGGGCAUCUACGAGACGCAGAUGACGCUCGAGUUCCGCGCUCUCAUGGACAUGGGCUGCAUCUGUGGCGUGCAGCGCGAGGAGGCGCGUCGCCUGGCCUUGCUUUCCACGCGGGAGUUGGAGACAUUCAACAUCGAACAGCUGGAACAGCGUCCGCAGUCUCAUGUGCGUUAUUUGCAGGCGAGCAACAAGCUGAGGAAGCUGUAUCUCUACCAGCACAAUAUUCCUACGGCCAAGAAGGAGAUGUGGGCGCUCUUCCUGCUGCCCAGCAAGAAGGCCUUUGUCUUUGCCCUGGACACUGUUCGCACCAAUCAGAUGCCCAACAUGAAGCAACUCUACACCGCCGAGCGUCUGGCGCUGCUCAAGAAUCUACAGCAAACCACUCAGGCCGAGCAGCUGCCUGCCGAGGACUUUAGCUUCGAGAUUCUGAUCGAGGUGGAUGUCAAGCAAAUCUACAGACACAUUCAGCGUGCGCUCUCCGCCUACAAGCAGGAGCAGCUGGGUCCAACGAUGCUCUGCCUGCAGACGGCAAUCGAGACGAGAAAACUGAGCACAGCGAUGCCUGUGCUGCUGGAAUUCCCUCAGGCGCAGAUUCACAUUUCUGAUGAUGCUAGUCUACUCUCUGGCCUCGACUGGCAGCGUCAAGGCGCUCGAGCUGUGGUGCGGCACUUCUUGAACCUCAACAAUGUGUUGGAACUGAUGCUGGAUCAGUGUCGCUACUUCCAUGUGCCCAUUGGCAACAUGCCACCAGACACUGUGCUCUUUGGCGCCGAUCUCUUCUUCGCCCGCCUGCUGCAGAAGCACAAUUUUGUGCUCUGGUGGUCUGCAAGCACGCGUCCAGAUUUGGGUGGAAGGGAAGCGGACGACAGUCGGCUGCUGGCCGAGUUCGAGGAGAGCAUCAGCGUGGUACAGAAUCGCGCCGGCUUCUAUGGUGAUGUCUGCGUGGAGUUGGCUCUGGACAGUCUGGCUGUGAGUGCGUUGCUGCAGUCGAACAAAAUUCAGGAGAUGGAAGGCGCCUCCUCGGCCAUUACGUUCGAUGUGAUGCCGCAGGCCUCGCUGGAGGAGAUGAUUGGCACUGUGCCGGCGGCCACGUUGCCCAGCUAUGAUGAGACUGCUUUGUGCUCCGCCGCAUUUCGCGUCAUGCGCUCCAUGGUGAAUGGAUGGCUACGCGAGGUGUCCAUAAAUCAGAACAUCUUCUCCGACUUUCAGAUCGUGCACUUUUAUCGCUGGGUGCGCUCUAGCAAUGCUUUGCUCUACGAUCCUGCUUUGCGGCGUUCGCUCAACAAUCUGAUGCGCAAGAUGUUCCUGCGAAUCAUUGCGGAGUUCAAGCGUUUGGGUGCCAGCAUUGUCUAUGCAGACUUUAAUCGCAUCAUACUCAGCUCGGGCAAGAAGACGGUGUCGGAUGCCUUGGGCUAUGUAGACUACAUUGUGCAGAGUCUGCGCAACAAGGAGAUGUUCCACUCCAUACAGCUGAGCUUCGAGCAGUGCUGGAACUUUAUGCUCUGGCUGGAUCAGUCCAACUUCUCGGGCAUACGCGGCAGACUGCCCAAGGGCAUCGACGAGACCGUGUCCUCAAUUGUGGCGGGUAACACAACGUUGCGCCAAAGUCAGGCCAGGCAUGAGCGUGGCGAGGAGGACGACGACGAAGAUGAUGAUGAUGUGCAGCUGGCAGCAGUCGAAGACGAGCAGCAGCUACCUGAUGAGGAAGAGGAGGAGCUGUCCCUCGAGCUCAACUGGACCAUUGCCGAGCAGCUGCCGGAUGAGAAUGAAUGUCGCGAGAAGUUCGAAUCGCUGCUCAGUCUUUUCAUGCAAUCGAUGGCGGAACGCAAGAGCACGGAGCAGGCCAUUAAGGAUAUAUCCCACACAGCCUUCGACUCGGUGCUCAAGUUGCACAAGAACUAUGGCAAAGGCAAGUCGAGUCCUGGCCUGCAGCUCAUUCGCACGUUGGUGAAGGUGCUGAGCGUGGACAAAGCAUUGGCAGAGCAGAUCAACGAGCUGCGACGCAACAUGCUUCGUCUGGUGGGCAUUGGCGAGUUCUCAGAUCUCGCCGAGUGGACGGAUCCCUGUGACACGUACAUUAUCAACGAGGUGAUCUGCAAGGCGUGCAACCAUUGCCGCGACUUGGAUCUCUGCAAGGACAAGCAGCGCGCAAUGAAGGAUGGAAUUCCUGUCUGGUUGUGCGCCCAAUGCUAUGUGGCCUACGACAACGAGGAGAUCGAGAUGCGCAUGAUUGAUGUGUUGCAACGCAAGCUCAUGUCCUUUGUGCUGCAGGAUCUGCGAUGUGCCCGCUGCAACGAGAUCAAGCGCGAGAAUCUCGCCGAGUUCUGCACGUGUGCUGGCAACUUUGUGCCUCUGAUCAGCGGCAAAGAGAUUGAGACGCUGCUCAGUACCUUCAGCAACGUGGCCAGCUACCACAAGAUGCAGUUGCUCCAGCAGACAGUGCAGCAAGCCAUGAAGACGCCACGUUAAUCACUAGUUGACAAAGUGUGUGUCCUUAAAAUAAAAUGUUAUUAUUCU